CUGGUCUGGAGGGACGCAUUGCGGCCGCCGUCAUGGACAGUAGCACCUGGAGCCCCGCGACCACUGCCACUGCCGAGCCCCUCAAGGCCUACGAGCGCAUCCGCAAUGCGGCCGACAUCUCUGUCAUCGUUGUCUACUUCGUGGUGGUGAUGGCUGUCGGGCUGUGGGCCAUGUUUUCCACUAAUCGUGGGACUGUUGGAGGCUUCUUCCUGGCAGGACGAAGUAUGGUGUGGUGGCCGAUCGGAGCCUCUCUGUUCGCCAGUAACAUCGGAAGUGGCCACUUUGUGGGACUGGCAGGAACGGGAGCAGCUGCAGGCAUCGCCACUGGGGGCUUUGAGUGGAACGCCCUUUUUUUGGUGGUUCUGCUGGGCUGGGUGUUUGUCCCCAUUUACAUUAAGGCAGGGGUGGUGACGAUGCCAGAGUACCUGCGGAAGCGAUUUGGAGGCAAGCGGAUCCAGGUCUACCUCUCUGUUCUGUCCCUGUUGCUGUACGUUUUCACCAAGAUCUCGGCAGACAUCUUCUCUGGGGCCAUAUUCAUCAACCUGGCCUUGGGCCUGAAUCUGUACCUGGCCAUCUUUAUCUUACUGGUAAUCACUGCCCUUUACACAAUCACAGGGGGCCUGGCGGCUGUGAUUUACACGGACACCUUGCAGACGGUGAUCAUGCUGGUGGGGUCUUUUAUCCUGACUGGGUUUGCUUUUCACGAAGUGGGAGGGUAUGAUGCCUUCAUGACGAAAUACAUGAAUGCCAUUCCAACUGUGGUUUCUGAUGGAAACACCACCAUCAGGAAAGAAUGCUACACCCCAAGGGCUGACUCCUUCCACAUCUUCCGAGAUCCUCUCAAGGGAGACCUGCCAUGGCCUGGGCUCAUCUUUGGGUUGUCCAUCCUCGCCCUGUGGUACUGGUGCACAGAUCAGGUCAUUGUGCAGCGGUGCCUCUCGGCCAAAAACAUGUCACACGUGAAGGCUGGCUGCAUCAUGUGUGGGUACCUGAAGCUGCUGCCCAUGUUCCUCAUGGUGAUGCCAGGGAUGAUCAGCCGCAUCCUAUACACAGAAAAAAUUGCCUGCACUGUCCCCUCGGAGUGUGAGAAAUAUUGCGGCACCAAGGUUGGCUGUACCAACAUGGCCUACCCGACCUUGGUGGUGGAGCUCAUGCCCAAUGGACUUCGAGGCCUGAUGCUGUCAGUCAUGUUGGCCUCUCUCAUGAGCUCCCUGACCUCCAUCUUCAACAGCGCCAGCACCCUCUUCACUAUGGACAUCUACACCAAGAUCCGGAAGAGAGCAUCUGAGAAAGAGCUCAUGAUUGCAGGAAGGUUGUUCAUGCUGGUGCUGAUUGGCAUCAGCAUUGCCUGGGUCCCCAUUGUGCAGUCAGCACAAAGUGGGCAGCUCUUUGAUUACAUCCAGUCCAUCACCAGUUACUUGGGACCACCCAUUGCAGCUGUCUUCCUGCUUGCUAUUUUCUGCAAGAGAGUCAAUGAGCAGGGAGCCUUUUGGGGACUGAUCAUUGGAUUUGUGAUUGGGGUGUCCCGUAUGAUUGCUGAGUUUGCCUAUGGAACUGGGAGCUGCAUGGAGCCCAGCAACUGUCCCACAGUUAUCUGUGGUGUACACUACUUGUACUUUGCCAUCAUCCUCUUUGUCAUUUCUCUCAUCAUCAUCCUGGCUGUCUCCCUCUUCACCAAGCCCAUUCCAGAUGUGCAUCUCUACCGCCUGUGCUGGAGCCUGCGUAACAGCAAAGAGGAGCGUAUUGACCUGGAUGCAGAAGAGGAGGACAUUCAAGAAACCUCAGAGGAGACCAUUGAAAUUGACACAGAAGUUCCUGAGGAGAAAAAAGGAUGCUUCAGGCGGGCCUAUGACCUGUUUUGUGGUCUGGACCAGCAGAAGGGUCCCAAAAUGACAAAGGAAGAGGAGGCAGCCAUGAAGCUGAAGAUGACAGACACCUCGGAGAAGCCUUUGUGGAGGACGAUAGUGAACAUCAAUGGCAUUAUCCUCCUGACCGUGGCCGUUUUCUGUCAUGGGUAUUUUGCCUGAGUCCUGCCUUCUGCUGCAGGCUGUGCUUGUGAAGGCUGGGAUCUUUAUUCUGUCUCCUUUUAAUCCCGUUCUGCAGUGUUGAAGGGACACGAGCUAGUUUUAAAGUUUGCCCAGUUGAUAAAUGUGUACAUUUGUAAUUACAGGCUAGCUAGAGAAAAAUUGCUGUUUUGCUGUUAACUUAUGUA